AUGGAGCAGAGAGCAGUCAUCAAAUUUAAUUUUAAACUCGGUAAAACGGCUACGGAAACGUACGAGUCCAUGAAAAUCGUUUACGGUGAUGACUGUUUAUCACGUUCAAAAGUAUUUGAAUGGUACAAACGAUUUAAAGAAGGCCGAGAGUCGCUUAAGGAUGAUGCGAGGACGGGGCGCCCCACCACGAGUUCGACAGACGCAAACAUUGCAAAGAUUCGUGAUCUCCUGCUCACUGACCAUCAUCUCACGUGCAGAAUGAUCGCAGAAGAGGUCAACAUGGCCAAAACAAUUGUUCAUGAAAUUAUCCGGAAUGUUUUAAUGAAGAGAAAGGUGUGCGCAAAAUUCUUUCCGCACAGUUUGACUCCUGAACAAAAAGAACAGCGCGUGAUCGCCUGUCGCAACUUAAUUGAAAUGACAGAUGAAGACAAUUCUUUUCUCCAAAAAAUAAUCACAGGUGACGAGUCAUGGUGCUUUCAAUAUGAGCCUACUACGAAACGGCAAAGUGCUGAAUGGUUGAGCGUUGGUGAGUCGAAACCGACGAAAGUGCGAAUGACAAAAUCGAAGACAAAAAUCAUGCUCAUCAUAUUUUUCGACGCUCAAGGCAUUAUUCACAAGGAAUUUGUUCCCCCGGGCAUCACUGGUGACUUCCCGUUUCUACUUGGGUGUACUGGAAUGGCUUUGCAAUAG